AUGAUGGAGGUGGCAGGUCCCUGGACAGAAGUUUUCGAGGGCUCGGAGAGGAAGGAGACGUCAGGAGGAGCAGUGGGGAGCUCCACGCUGACUCUGGCUCCUCUGGUGGCCGAUGCUCCGUCCGUACGGCGCUCCCAGCCCAUCCUCAUCACUGUGAACAGGGGAAAAGGCGUGGAUUCGUUUUCUUCCUCCGUCCCGUCGAUACCGAACCCUUUUCCAGAGCUGUGCAGCCCCUCCAAGUCUCCAGUGCUCACCGGUUCAUUUCCACCACCGUCGACUAACAAACAU